AUGCCACUCUGCUUCCACCUCACUCCCCCGCCAGUCAUCCCGAGGAAACUUCCGAUCACCGUCGACGUGCCUUCCCGAUCGUUGACCGUUAACUUACGUGCUUUUCCCCUCUCCGGCGAGCAAGCAGCAGCAGCAGCCAUGGCGUCGAACUCAGUCCGAGUCGCCGCCGCUCAAAUGACUUCCGUCAACGACCUCGCUGCCAACUUCGCCACCUGUUCUCGCCUCGUCAAAGAAGCAGCGUCUGCUGGGGCAAAAUUGCUGUGCUUACCUGAAAGUUUCUCAUAUAUUGGGGCUAGGGAUGGGGACAGUGUGAAGGUUGCAGAGCCUCUUGAUGGACCCAUUAUGAAACAGUAUUGCUCUUUGGCGAGGGAAUCGGGAAUCUGGCUAUCGCUGGGAGGUUUCCAAGAAAGGGGAUGUGAUGAUGCACACUUGUGCAAUACCCAUGUAAUUGUCGAUGAUGGUGGGAAUAUCAGAAGCACGUACCGGAAGAUACACCUGUUUGAUGUGGAUGUUCCUGGUGGAAGGGUGUACAAGGAAAGCAGCUUCACAGAAGCUGGAAAGGAUGUAGUUGCAGUUGACAGCCCUGUUGGGCGAUUGGGUUUGACGGUGUGCUAUGAUUUGAGAUUCCCUGAACUUUAUCAGCAGCUCCGGUUCCAACAUGGAGCUCAGAUUAUGUUGGUGCCUUCGGCUUUUACCAAAAUUACCGGUGAGGCGCACUGGGAGAUUCUGCUUCGUGCUCGUGCAAUUGAGACGCAAUGCUAUGUAAUAGCUUCAGCACAGGCUGGGCAGCACAAUGAGAAAAGAGAGAGCCACGGCGAGACAUUGAUAAUUGAUCCUUGGGGCACGGUAGUUGGUCGCUUGCCAGAUCGAACAUCGACAGGCAUUACUGUGGCUGAUAUUGAUUUCUCAUUUAUCGAUUCAGUGAGAACAAAGCUACCAAUUGCCAAGCAACGCCAGCCCAUUGAAUUCUGGAAGUCUUCAUCUCUAUGA